GCAGAACGAAUAAUAUAACAUCCUAUUCCACCAGAUCAAUACGUCGUCUAUAACAGAGUAGAAUCGUAUUUAUCGUCAUCAUUAUUUUUGAAUUUGUUCAUCAAGAUAUCCAUCCGUUCUGUGAUUAGUAAAUUACUGAGAUUCGGUCCACCGUAUGCUAAGAUAUCACGUGAUGGGCAUUACAGUAAUGAAUUUGGGGAGCCAUUUUGCCACGAUUAUCUAUCAUGUAAAAUUAAGACUGUUUCGGAAAACCACGACUGUUACUGUACGCAUCCAUAAAUAUUAAUAAUCAGGAUCACAACUAAUCAUGCUUAUUGACGAUGAUCCUUCUAAUUGGCUUUUGGUUUGUAAUCGCUAAUUUGGCCAUAUCUUCGCUUGCGCAUUUGAAUAUUGUGUCGGUGACACUCGGUGGAUUUCCUUCCUAUCGAUAUGGAUUAACCGCUCCCACUUACGACAUUGCCUUGGAGGAUGCGAUGACCACGUAUCCCGACAUUCUUCGAAAUGUUUCGCGUAUUUGUUUCUAUAGCAUAGGACGGACGAAAAACUGCGAAGAGGAAGAAGACUUAAUUCAUAAUCAAAUAGGAUUUAUUUAUCAAAAUCUAACUGCAAUGCGUGGCACUCCCACGAUAAUACAAACUUCCGGUUGCGACUCCGUUGCUUUCACGUUAGGAGAUUUUGCCCGUGAGCUGGAUCUGCCCCUCGUCAUAAGCACUGCCGGCAAUCCUGAACUUUUCAGCGAUAUUCGUUUCCCAACAGUGAUUGGCUUUGGCCCGGCCGAUCAUUCCAUGCUGGCUCAUGCUGCAUUGCGAUUUCUACAGAAUUAUAACUGGACCACUGUAACAUUAUUGUGCGCCAGGCCUAGGGACAGUGAGAAAUUAUCCCCAUUUGAUAAAUCUACCUGCAACACGUUGGAAAAGCACCUGAAAGCCCAUCCGCUUGACUAUGAUGUCCACAUUCUAGGAUUUAACCCGGAAAACACUACCAGCUAUCUCUCUAUUCUCCAGAACAUAAGACGACAAUCUAGAGUGAUUGGCUUUGGCCCGGCCGAUCAUUCCAUGCUGGCUCAUGCUGCAUUGCGAUUUCUACAGAAUUAUAACUGGACCACUGUAACAUUAUUGUGCGCCAGGCCUAGGGACAGUGAGAAAUUAUCCCCAUUUGAUAAAUCUACCUGCAACACGUUGGAAAAGCACCUGAAAGCCCAUCCGCUUGACUAUGAUGUCCACAUUCUAGGAUUUAACCCGGAAAACACUACCAGCUAUCUCUCUAUUCUCCAGAACAUAAGACGACAAUCUAGAGUUGUCUUUCUAUCGUGUGCGAUUUCAAUUCUGCGACCAAUUAUGUCGGCAGCGCACGCGCUGGGAAUGACCAAAGGAGACUACGUAUUUCUUUCGCCACAGAGCGUCGCAUAUCAGAGACAAACCAAACGGCCGUGGUCGGCUAGUGAUACCAAUGAUGAUGAGAUAUUAUUGGCUUAUCGAUCGCUAAUAAUUUACAACAUCAUGGAGCCGGACUGGCAGAAAUCGGGAGUUCUCAUGGACCGCAUUGCUUUCGCUGCUGCUAGCAAUUAUGAGAAAACUCGAGUCAACCUGACCGAAAUUAACAUGUUAAAUCUUGCGGCGUACGAAGGCUUCAUGGCCAGUGCCCAGAUGCUUAAUGAGUACCUGAAAACUGAGAAACGCCAAAACUUUUCGGGUGCAUCAUUUGCGCAGAUGUUUGCUGAAAGGAGAUUCUCUUUUGUAACGGAAGAGGUUCGACUUAGCGACGCUGUUGCCCGAAACCCAGAUAUAAUUUUUCGACGCUUUUCCUACCGUACUAAAGAUUUUGAGAAAACAUGGCGAUUCAUUGCCUUUUUGGAUACACUGGAGGCAGUCUCCGAUCUAGCCGAAAGCUGGCCAGGAGAUAGUCCACCGCCAAACCGUCCUGCCUGUGGUUAUAUUGAUGAAUCAUGUGAUGUUCUGAAAGGCCAGAGAUUUAUCCUUUCGGUGGUUAUUCCCGUGGUGCUAGCUACAUUAUUUCUGAGCAGCGUGGGUGUGUUUUUCGUAAUUCGGCGCAUCAAUAGUUUGGGGCAAAAAAACCUCGCCUGUCGGUGGCUGUUGGAUGCAGCCUCCUUUGUCCUCUAUGACCUUUCCCACGCCCUCCGCAUGGGUUUAGUAGAAUCACUGACAAACCCAACAGGAGUAACUCUGAAGAAGCGUAUUACACAUGGAUAUGGUGAAAAAUGAUGGUGCAUGGCAAAGACAUCGUUUUUGUUGAUAAUAUAAUGGAACAUCCUAACAAGCUCCUUGACCAUUUCACCUGCGUGAGCGAUAUUGCUUCUGCAAUAGCCACCCUUUCCCAUCGCAAUGUUGGCUACUUUUACGGGAUUCUCAUGAACGGAUUUUCGAUAUCAUCAGUCUGGCGGUAUGGAAGCAAUGGAUCGCUCCGUCACUUUCUGGACGCUGAUUUGUAUCC